CGUAUCAAUUCUGGCAUAAUGAGGGUACUUCUAGUAUCACUGUUUCUAGUACUGACCAUUGCGGCUUCGCAUGCCGUGGGGCCAUAUAAAUACCAUCGGAGGAUUGGUAUUCCUUUGGCAGCUAAGAUCAGAAGAACUGAGGAAGAUGCGGCCAAAGCUGGUGUGACAGAUCUCAGAAUCGUUGGAGGAUCCAAUGUUGACAUCUCCCAAGUACCAUAUCAAGUCGGUGUUAUCAACCGAAUCGCAUUUUUCCUAACCUCCGUCUGUGGUGGCAGUUUGAUCUCCAACAACCGUGUGAUCACAGCUGCUCAUUGUCAUGAUGACGGUGACAUCGAGGCCCUGUCCCACACUGUUGUUCUUGGCUCCAACACCAUCUUCAGCGGUGGAGUACGUCAAUCCACCACCAACAUCGCCAUGCACCAUGACUGGAACCCCAUGACUGCUUUUAGCGACAUUGCCGUCAUCAGAAUCUACGAUGUUACUUUUACCAACGUGAUCCAGCCCAUCCAUCUGCCCAGUGGCAUGCAGCUGGGCAACACCUUCGAGGGCCUGAUCGGCACUGCUUCAGGCUUCGGAAGAACUGCUGAUGGUGCCAACAUCCCCAACAACCAAGUUAUCAGUUGGGUGAGACUGCCGAUCAUCUCUAACAACGCGUGCGCCGCAGUCUAUGGCCCCUUCGUCCACGCUAGCACUAUUUGCACCAGUGGCGCUGGUGGUAUGGGCACGUGCCAGGGAGACUCCGGCGGCCCUCUGGUGGUGGAAAUUAUGGGCGAGAAACUCUUGGUUGGGGUGACGUCAUUCGGCGCUGAAGCCGGUUGCUCAGCUGGAUUCCCAGCUGCGUACGCACGCAUCACUUCUUUCAUGAAUUGGAUUUGGGCAUUGUAAGCUCAAAAUAAUAACUGUGAACAUUCAGUUCGUACUGAAGUUUGUGAUAUUCAGAAUGAUGUUUAUUGUUUUGAAUAGACAAAUAAGCACUCUGAAUUUGGCUGCCCUUUGAGUUGUGUAAUAGUUUUUAUUGGUGUCAAUAAAAUAAUUUUAAAUUAAAUUGUAA